CUACACCCGUCGGUGUGUCAGACGCGGAUCCACCAGAAGUUUUGCGCCUGACACCGAUCAUCUCGCCCAGAGUAUCAAAUCUGCGCCAAAACUCCAUCAGUUAACGGUUCUUCUGGGUAAUGGAACUGGAUAAAAUGGACGAAAACGACUGGAAAUAUCACGGGGAGGGCAACAAAAGCCUGGUCGUGUCUCACUUGCAGCACUGUCAAGUUCUCCGUCUGUUAAAGUUUCCCUCUGAAGACUCCGCACACACACGACAGACCGCAGAACAAGCUUUUCGACACAUCCUCAACAUUGUGGAUUAUAGUAAAUAUGUCAUGAAGCCUUUGUUGGGGGAGAAAUACGUUCACAGCGGAGAGGUUGUCAAACUACCGCUAGACUUUGUGAGACAGCUGUCGCUGAAGGUCCAACAAGAACGACCUGAACUGCGCUGUGACAAGGUCAUGGACACAUUCAGCGGGUGUGGUUUAUGCCUCCCUAACCUGACCCAGCUUCCCCUCCACCACCUCAGAGACCACAGACCUCCCAUAUGCGUGGAAAUCAAGCCAAAAUGUGGAUUUCUACCCUUUUCAAGACAUAUAACUAAGGAAUGCAAACGCAAAGUUUGCAGAUUCUGCAUGCAUCAGCAUUACAAGUUAGCCAAUGGGAAGUGGAAGCGAUUGAGCAGAUAUUGCCCCCUGGAUCUGUUUUCAGGGAGCAAACAGCGAAUGUACGUUGCAUUGAAAAAUCUGUUAGAGGAACCACAAAACAACUUGAAAAUCUUUAAGGGCGGAGAGUUGAUAUUUAGCUGUAAAGACGACGCCAAGCAGCAACCCGACUUGAAUGAUCUCAUUCAGCACCUUUGGCCUUAUUUCCCCCAUAGUAACGGCCUUUAUAAGGGCCACCAGCCUGGAAAAGCCGUCCUCAACGAGUUCAUUCGGGUGAUCUGCUCCUCCCUGCUCAGCGGCGGGGACUCAAAUCGCUCGGGGGAGCCCAGGAAGAUAAACCUGUCCGAAAGCAGGCCGCACUGUGAAGCCAGUCCCUUCCCAAGAGACCUGCUCCGUAACGGUAACCAUGGCCUCCCUAAAGACAGCGUCCUUUCAAAAAUCCUCCAAGUACAGAUGCUGGAUAACCUGGAUAUUGAAGGAAUCUACCCUCUGUACAAACGUGUCGAGCAGUAUCUAGAGGAGUUCCCGAAAGAAAGAAACCGACUGCAGAUAGAUGGGCCUUAUAAUGAGAGUUUCAUGGACACGGUUAAAAACUGUCCCACUGAGGAUGACGGGUCUGUUGAGUAUGCUGUUGGGAAGGUUCAUCAGUAUAGAGUUGCAAUGACCGCCAAAGACUGCUCGAUCAUGAUCACGUUUGCACCUUGCGAAGAAGACGAGGAACACCAGUUGACAUUAGAGAAGCCUCGCUUUACGUAUUCCGUUUCCAUCCUGGAUCUGGACCCCAAACCGUACGAAGGAAUCCCUCACCAGUACAAGCUGGACACCAAAAUCGUCAACUACUACCUGCGGAGCACGCAAGCUCCGCCCCCCUCCAGCCUAUAUAAGGAAAGGCAGGAGUGCACGCUGCUCUUCCAUGCCGUAUGAGACACCUCAACAAGUGCUGCUUGGAAAAUGCGUAGAAGUGAAAUUGAAAUAUAGUUUUGUUAUUUUUGUUUGCUAGUCUGUCUAGCCGUUUGCCCUCCCAGCAUGUUCUGCGACGCGAAGUUGGCAGCGACGGUGGGCUGUUGCCGGGACGACCUUUUGUUUUUCUUUUUAGAGGGUGACGUUCUCACUGGGGCUGGUCUCCUAAAGCACAGAAUACCUGAACGAGUCAGUCAUUGGCUAUAAAAAGGGAGGACAAGGAGGUUGUGUGUGUGUUUUUGUGCAGUGCUGUUGGGUGUUUCUCUAACACAGCAGCGCUACUGUGGUUUCCAAGUGCCAAAACGUGGCUUACAGCGAUUUUCCCUAAUGAACGUUUUACCAUGCAUCAACUUGGCCGUGUCAGCAGUCGUCGUUCAAGUUCAAAGGCAGACAAGUACUUGAGUUUUUAGCAAGACUACAUCCCUAGAGCUCCUCAAACCAUUGACCCACGGCGAGCUACAGUAGCAGUUAUACUGACAAGCACAGACCUGUUGCAUGCUAGCGAAUGAGGUUGCGCUAACACUGUCACACUAUCCAGAAAUUAGAUUUUAUGAAUUUGAAUAUAAGUCUAAUGAUAUUACUCUCUAAUGAAAGUGUAUUUUUAUAACACGCACGCUUGCCUGGUGUAACCGUCUACCGCCAUAUACAAAUCGAAGUGUCUUAUUAAAGAUUAGUUUGCACUACAUAAACAUUAUAAGCCAUUGUUUACUCAUCACCCUCAUGCAAUUGCAAAUCUAAUCAAAACGGCUGAAUCAUUUUUAUGUAGCUCGGCAGUUCAUUCUAACCGGGCAUUUUGUCCGUAUUGGACAAAAACGCUGCUGGGUGUUGAGCAUGAACGAACAACAAGAUCAUCAGUGAAUAACUACUUCGGUUUUGAGUGAAGAACACACUUAAAAUUUAAGUUGUAUGGACUACAUUUAUGGUGCUUUUUAUUGGACCUUCAAAUAUGUGGAAAAACCUGAAUAUACCGACAUGAAGGUGUGUAAAUAAUGAUUGAAUUUUCAUUUUUGGAUGAACUACUUCUUUAAAGCUAGUCUAUCACCUCAAACGCCACUUCCCCGCUAAAAAACUGCUGUAAAAUGCAAAAUCGACUGCGCCUGUCCAUCUACAACUGUGUUUGACAUUAAUACACUUAUUCGUGUUUUGAAAUGAACUAAUAGAACAGUUUAAUUGGCUGUAAGUCGGCCAAAGCUGGACAGCAUGGCAGUUGUCGUUAGCACUUUACAGAAGUUGAUGAAGUUGAACAGCAGUAUAUUGUGCCACAGAAAUGGCGGUGUUGAUUUAACAUUGUGUGCAAGUUUAGCGCCUUCUACCGAAAAACCAAUGACGGUUGAUACGAAUUUUACUGUGCGACUUCAAAACUAAAGAAUUUUCUUGUCAUGGGAAAUAUUACUGUUACAAAAUACUGUGGUGUGAGUGAUACUCAUGCUUCUGUUUACCUCUUUUACUGUGAUGUUGACUGCGUCGGCUUGCUCAACUCAAAGCCGUCAAUGCAGUUCUCAUCAGGUGAAUAUUUACAUGGAUGAACAUUCAACAUUGCCAAACUGUGUUGACACUCCCUUUUGUCUUAAUGUGAACUGGUGUCAAGAGAAGUAUUAUACGCCUUACGCUUUCGUUGUCCAACCAAUGUCGUUUGUUUGACCGUCAUGUUGCUCAGUUUUAACGUGUGUUAUAUUGUAUCUGAUUAAGUGCAGUUUCUCCACACCAGGCAUUGCUGUUUUUGCCUUCGUUUUAACACCAUCUUUCCCUUAUGAACCAGAGAUAUUGUGAGUCUGAGGGUGAAAAUAUGAAAUAAAGAUCUAUAAUCACUAUGUAGGUAGGAAUGGACAUUAAUUCUGUUAAGCAAGAAGAGAAAGGAAUAUCACAGUUUCUGUGAUGUAAUCUAAUGUUAAAAUUUAACUAUUUGAAAAUACAAAGUGGAUUUUGCUGUCAGACAUUUUGUAUUUAAAAUUAUUUAUUUUUCUAGCUCUUGUCUAAUGAUGUAUAUUUACGAUGCCCACACAGUGUGGGCAUAUCAUGCGUAAAAAUGAUUGACACUUACAGAUGGCAUCGAUAUGUAGUUCCUAAUGGGUGAUUGUACAGGUGUUUAUAUCAAAUAAAAUGAUUAGAUAUGAA